AUGUCCACCCCAACAACAGCACCCACCACCGCAAAAGCAUCCACGUCCAAGUCUUCACCAACAUUGACAGAACAAGGUACGUGCCGCCCAGACCUCGUCGCGACGAAGAGUCCUCUGGAGCAGGUUACUGAUGCAAGUGGACCCCACCUUUCUCUGAUAUCGGGUCGAUCGCGUCUAUAGAGGCCAACGCUUUGUUUAGGAACAAGACAGGGGAGCUACAAGCUCUAGCAAGCGUGCGUCAUACCCGUGGUCGCCUAAUCCUCCCAACUCCAACGUCCAGAGAACGACGAGUGGGGAGCUAACGCCGCCGAUUUGUGUCGAACCUCCUGUCCGACCAUGGUAUUGCACCGUCAACAGAAGAUCGGAGAACUGGAACGAGAAGCCGAAGAACAUGGGUACGUCCUACCACUUCCCUCUAUUGCCCUCCCCUCCCCAACGUCCCCCCACUAACCACUAACCACUUGCCUCUCUGCUCCUCUCCUCCUUCCCCCCUCCCGCAGUCUCGUAAUCGAAACCCUCACCGAAGCCAACGCCACAACCCCGGACCGUAAAUGUUUCCGCCUCGUAGGCGGGAUCCUCGUCGAACGUACCGUCGCCGACGUCCUGCCCGCUUUACAGACUCAGUUGGAACAGGUGCGCUUUUGUCUACGUCUGCCCGAAUGACCCCCCGAUUUUUGGGAUCGGAGCUGAUUUGUCGGGCCGUAUCGCGGGUUUUGUUUUAUUUGGGGGAGGGUACAGUUGAAGGGUGUGUUGGGGACGUUGUUGGGGGAGUACAAGAAGAAGGUUAGUCAGCAUUGCUUGUUUCGUUUCGGAUGGGAGGAAGCCCAACCAACCCGUUCGAGGUGUGCUGAUCCGAAUACCCGAUGGGUCGUCGACCUUCAGGAAACGAGCUUUUCAGAUUGGCAGAGGGACAACAACAGUGAGCCACAGUUGACCACCCACCACCUCGUACGAUCACAUCUAUGCAUCGACUGACACUCCAUAUAUAUUUUUGCGUCUCGUUCCUUCGCAGUUGUAGUACAACGGUGACCUGUAG